GUUCAGUGGUCUGCUUCAGUCUGUCACCGAAUGUCUUCGCGUACGCGUUGCCGCCGGGCGCCGUUACGCGCGCGUGUCCGCUCAUUCUCUCCCUCGUCGCUUGCGAUUUGCGAAUUUGCUGCGAUGUAACCGUGCGGAAAGUGAAACGACUAGUCGGUCUGCGCUGACUUACGAGAAAAGGAGACGUACGCACGCACGAACACUCCGCUGCUGCAUCUCUGAAAAUAUUGAACGAAUCAACGACGAGUCUGAAAUGAUUUAAAGCAAACGUUGCUUACACCGAAGCAGUCGCUUAAACUUGGUUCGAUCGCGAGUUCGCCGGCCAGAAGGAUAACCGCAAUAUCCGCUCCCGCGAGAACAGCCUAAGAGCAGCAGCGCGAUCUCAGAUGACCGCGCGGCGAGGGAGAAUAAGAUCAAAAAUAAAUUAAUCGGCGAGAAGAUCGCGCUCACGCGAAGGAAGAUCGCAGCUUCUCUCCCCAGACCGAUCCGUGCGGCGAUCCGUAACGGUCCCUCGAUCGGCCGGGCUAUAUCGCGCGGAACGCGCUGGAAAAUGAGCUCCCGGAGCUGAGGCAGCGGCUCGGAAUUCAACGUGGCGGGUUUCGCGGUAGCCGUAAACAAUGGCUCGGCGGAGCCGCGCUACUACGUGGAUCAUCUGCACCGGCAGCACGUGCAACUGCAACUUCAGCCGCCGCGCUACCCGGUGCAGAUGCUUGCCGGUCACGUGGUGCCAGUAUUGUCGAAGGAGUUGCUGGAGCCGCCGUCGCGCCGCGACGACCUCGUCUACGUGCACUGCGCCACCACGGAAGAUGAGGAGGCCGAGGACGAGGAGGAGGAGCCGAAAGGACUCACCAGGUCUAGGUCGUGGCUCUGCUGUCCCGGUGAUCGCCGAGCCGAUAAGACCGUGCCGAUACAGGUCGAGGCCGAUAACAAGCAAAAUGCACUGCACGCGGCGGCGCUCUCCUCGCUGCGAUCCGAGGUCGCCGAGCUGAACUCGCGUCUAGUGGCGGCAACCCGUGCGCGAGAGGCCGCCGAGGCCGCGCUGGUGAGGGCGGAGGUGCAGACGGCCCGCGCCGAGCAGCGGGCUGAACAGCAGGCGGCACGGCACGAGGAGCGGCUCACCGAGCUGCAUUCCGUCAUCGCCGAGCUCGGCAGACAGCUGGAGAGGCAUCGCGCCACUGUAAUUGCCGAGGAAGACGAAUCCGAAGUCGAGACGAGCAGAGAUGCCGAGGGCUCCAUCACUAAUCCGGUGGAGGAGAGCGAAGGCGGCGGGGACAUCCAAGGGGACGGCGAUCGCACCUUGGGCGACGCGGACUCCAGUUGUUGCGAGGACGAGAAUCGACCGGCGGAGAACGAGCAGCUGGACAGUCCGGCCGCGUUGCCAACUCCGGAGCCGACACAGCAAGCGGCCUCGUGUCAAAGCGUCGCCGUAGCGACGCUACAGGAGGAGGUCACGGCGCUACGAACGGAGAUCGCGAGCUUACAGGCGCAAUUGGCUCAUUUCAAGAAUCAGACCGGCAGUCAGAGGCAAACAACGGGUAGCGAUUCGCCUCGUCGAGAGAUCAGAACACGAGGCAACAACAGUUCACCGGAACCUCUGACGGCGCCGUGCUCGCCUCUCCUGCCGCCGCUGCAGACACCACCGACGAAGAACGUGACGAGGGAGGAGGCGCCGGUUUUGAAGAUGGCGGAGAGGGUGAGACUGAGAAGAACGGACGAGAGGCACAUCACCGGGCCGGAUAUCGCCAAUCUCGGGGUAUGCUCCACUAUGGUCGCCGAGCAUCUUGUGUCGGAUCUCUUGGAACAGUCGAACUUGCAGGAGCUGAACGGCUCUGAGAAACAGUUCGAAGUCGAGACGGAACGGUUGAACAGUCGAUUGGAGCACGCGCGGGCUAACAACGCCGUACUCGCGCUCACCCUUCACGAAAGCAAGGCGCAAUGCGAUCGAUUGAGUUUAUUGGUGGGCAAGUACGAGUCGAACGCGACGGCGUUACGCCUCGCGCUCUCCUUCAGCGAUCGCGCCAUCGAGGCCUAUGACGUUCUAGUAGCGCUGCUGGAGAGCGAGAUCGCGCUCUCCACCGAGAGAAACAGCGUAACGAUCGAUAACAGGAGGGCCGCCGAGAACGUCGCGUAUCACGUUCUGAAUAGACUCGAAAACGACUGCGCUAAUACGCUAGCCGCGCCCUGGGAGGACAGCAUGGUCUUAUCGGAUGAGUCGGAGGUAACAUGGUGCGUGGAAGACGAGCAGCGGCUCAGGCGGCACAUCAGCAGACUCAAAGGAGAGCGUACUAUGGUGAGGUCGACGGCGGUCGAGCUGGAGAGCGUGCACGCCGAACCUCUGAAUUCGAAGAACACCAUCUCCCUGGCGGAGGCCAGGAAACUCGACCUGGAGACCGCCGUGCUUAUGCAGGAACUGAUGGCCAUGCGGGAGGAUAAGGCCGAGUUACGCGCGAGGGUAUUCCUUCUGGAGAAGGAACGUGCCACGAUAGAGCUGAAGUUGAAUGCGCGCGACACGCAAAUUGCGGCCCAGCACGCCACUAUACAGCACCUCCAGGGCCAGCUCAGCGACGCGGAAACUAUGCUCGCAAUGGCGACGAACAAGGACCGUGGCUUGAGCGACAAUGAGAGCGAAGGAAUGGAAUCUGAACUGAUCGAAGCUCUGGGUAGGGAAGCGAGAUUGAAGGAACGCCUGCAAGAGUUGAUCUCCACUUUAGAUGAGGUUAACAAGAACUCCGAGUUGCGACAUCAGCAAUCCGCCGAGCUCGUCAACGACUUGAAGAGAGCUAACGGAGCCUUGGUUCAGACACUGGAGAAAUCCAAGAAGAAGUACCAGUCUAGGCUCAAGAAACUAGAGCAGCAGAUGCUAGGGAUGGUGGAGAGGCAUGCUGCGCAGGUGAAGGCUUUGAAGCAACGCAUAACCCUGCUGGAGGAGGAGUCGAUGGGUUAUAAAGGAAGCAUAGCGCUUCAGUCUCAAAGUUCCGGUGCCAGCGAGACGUCGUUAUGACAGUCGAAUGAAUAAAACGACGGAGCAUUCGACGCGCAACGCAAGCCUAUAAUCCGAUGAUCGCUUUCGACGGUCUCUCUGCCGCGUUCAAUCCACGAGGAUCAGACGUAGAACGGCAAAAACGGUGAUCGCGAGCUCACAUAUUUUUUUACACACGAAUAGUCUGCCGAAGAGGAGAGAAAAGAGGGGGGAGAGAGAGAGAGAGAUUAAACGCUUAGCUGUUCGCUUUGUAAUUAUAUCGUGGUACUAAAUAUCGCUGCUAACAGGGGCCCGAACUGGAGCCGUUAAAUUUUCUUCAGUUUAUGGUUGCUCUCGGUUCAUCAUUUCGAUUCUGUGAUUUAAAAUAGUCGUUUUUUUUCAUUUCAUAAUGAAAUUCUAAUUCUUACGAAAAAGAAAGAUCACAUUGAUCGGUUAUCGCGGCAAAUAGAAAAUUAACUUCAAGCAUACGAUAUCGAAAUGAGGAGGAUUAAUAGAAGUAAUAUAUCACAAUUUUGGGAGGAAGUGAUAUUAUUUUUUAUCAUACACGUCAUAUAUAUUUAAUAUAAUUCAAUAAAAGUUUCAAUUAGGAAACAAAUUUAAGAAACCGAAAAGAACUAUAAUUUAAACGGUAUCGGUACUUUCAUUGCCCAGAAAACCGGAAUCGAAAAACUGAAACCGUCGAAUAUUUUAGCGAACCGAAAGCGGACCGAUAUUUUCACUCAGCCCGGGUCCCUGCUGCUAACACGUCCUAACGAAGUAAAUAAAUAAAACCUUCAGCUGAGCCUA